GACGACUCCCGACGAGUUCGACGCCUACUACAUCGGGAUGCGGAAGAUGAUCGGCGAGGCCAUUGCCAAGGCCCCGCCCACUUUCAUCCGCAAAUUGCAGACGGCCGACGUGUCUGUUGAUUGCUCGCUGGGAUUGCUCAAGCUGGUGCGCGGUUUUCGGAACUUGGAACCCUGGGCUCUGAAACUGUUCGACGCAUCCGGGAAGUAUCCUACAGGCAUGUUCCAAGGGUCUCGUGCCGAUAUGGGUGCCUUCGACGAGUGCUUAGAGACCGCUGUGCUCGACGGUUCUGGCCGCGUGACUUCGCGAGGCCAGUACUGUAAUUUGAUGUUCUACAUAAAGAAUGCCACAGCAUGGCAGAAGAAGAUGGAACCCGUCUUACAAGUCAUGCAUCCGAGUAUGUACCAGUUCAAAAAUUACUUCUUUCUUGAAGAGCUCCCUAUCGUUCGCCUGGGCAUCUGCGUUUUGGACGACUGCAGUCAACGUGAUCUACAAGCUAUUGUAGACGCAGUGAAGCCUUCAAUUGUGGACAUCGAGGUAUCCACUUGCACCACAAUAGAGCCUGAGCCAUGGAAUGCAACACAAAAGUCCAUUGUGAUACUUUUAGGAUUUCUAGUCAUCAUCGUUGUUGGCAGCACAACAAUCGACCUCUUCAUGCAGUCUACGCGGAAGCUUGCUGGAAAGCACAGUGCGCUCAUCGCUGUUGUUACCGCGUUCUCGGCAGCGGCUAACACGCGAGCGCUGCUCAAGGUUGCCGACAGGGCUGAUGCCGACCACUACCAGCUGCAGUUCCUGCACGGCCUGCGAUUCUUCAGCCUCGCCUACAUCGUCAUGGGCCACUCCUACCAGACCAUGUCGGACACGUGGUCUCGCUUGCAAAACUUGCUGUCUGGCGUGAGCCACUGGCCCAACAUGAUGAUAGCGGCUGGAUUUGGCAGUGUUGAUACGUUCUUUUUCCUUAGGUGA